UGGAUCCCCAACAUGGUCUCAGUCAAUCCCAAUCAAUGCCAAACUUCCUCAGGAGUGCGCGCAAAUCCCUAUCAAUAGUUUCUGCUACGCUUUGUGUCUGAUAUCUUCGGCAUACCGUGUCUUAAACCCCCUCCAAUUCGUCUUGGACAGCUACUUUACCACCCUAGUUGCUUGCCUUGCAAGGCGCCCUGCCUCUUGUUCCGCCCUCUCCGCAUCCUUCCUCUACCCCUCGUCUUUACGCUCCAUACCCCACCAUUGGCUGAUCCUCGAACCUUGUGAUUUUCCCCUUCCUCACAAUAGUCUCACCCGGCCAAAGCCUGGUAACCGCAAGUGAAAUGACUUCAUACUUCUCGUCGCUGACGUCCUCGUCGGCCAUCUCGAACCUGGGCACCAGGCUCAAUUCCCUGAAACGGGCCAUCACGUCUGGCGACGAGCGCGACGACCCGGACAACGAGGACUGCUCGCACAUCUCGAAUGUGUUACGCGCCUACUACACGGAAAAGGGGCGACCGUAUCCCUCUUGGCUGCCCCCCGACCCGAAGGCCCCCGCGCCGGCGCCAUCACGGGUCAUCGCAACCUCCCAGAUCCAGCCCGGCGCUCCAGGGGGCGCCCCAGCGUCAUCAGCAUACGGACGUGGCGGCGGGCUGGGCGAUCUGUGGGGAGAUGCAGGCGCGGCCACGCCUCCCACAUCCCAGACAUCCAGUCUGCGCCGGGGUCGCAUGACCGGCGGCGGCGCCAACAGCAACAACAGCACCAGCAGCCUAGGGGCGCCCCUCUCGGCGACGGCCAGUGCCCCCGGAGGGCCGGUCGCCCACAACAGUCUGUCCCCGAGCCCGUCGGCAAUGCAGCAGCACCCUCACCAUCCAGCCGGGGGCCGUCCCCUGCCCAGUCAGCGAGCCGGAUCCUACCAGACGAUCUCGGGCCCCGUCACAGGCGGCUCGACGCAGCCGCUGGAGCGCGCAGCGUCGGCCCAGGAACGACUCCGGGCACGCUUGCAUGGGGGGCGGUCACCCAGCCCCGGCCAGAGUCCGAGCAGUCGGCCGGGUUCACCCUAUGUGGCGGACCCUAGCGCACGAAAACCGGUAGGGAUGCCGGGUCGACGAUAAUGGAAGGAGCCAAUGAUUACGUCGGACCACCGGAGCAGUCCAGUCCAGAUGAAAGAUGAAAGGGAAUAUCCGGAGUCAAGAAGAGACUAGAAGAGACGGAGAAGAAAGCUCCUAGUUUAGUGGGCAUCUGGUGUGCAGGGAAGAAAAAUUGGAGACUUGCUGGUUCUAGUCCUCGCUUUUUUCCCACAAUCGGGUAGUUCCGCUGGAGAAGGUGGGUGGAAGUGAGAAAUUAAGGCCUUAGUAACCUUGAAGGUCUGAGGUGGGAUGGAUGGCUUGCGGUUAC